AUGGGCUGGAAGAACGUCGAUACCAUCAUCGAGGGCAAGCUGUAUCUUGGAAAUAUCCAUGCAGCAAGAUCAUCACGGUCGUUAACGGAGCGCCACAUUUCCCAUAUUGUCUCCGUUUGCAACGACCCCAUCCCUGCUGAGCUGCCCGAAAGUGGAAUUACCUUUCUCCGAAUUCCUGUAGAGGAUGUCGACACUGCAGAUCUCCUCAUACACUUGCCCGCAGUGUGUCAGUUCAUUGACCGAGCCAUACAAGCCCGAGGAACCGUGUUGGUACACUGCCUACAAGGUUUGUCUCGGAGUGCGGCAGUAGUCGCAGCAUACCUCAUGUACACGAAACGCAUAGCCGCGACCGACGCCAUAGACACAGUCAGACAAGCCCGCGAACAAGUUUGGCUCAACGCUGGAUUUCAAGAGCAAUUAGUUCUUUUUGAACUCUGUAGAUACGCUCCCAGCCCGUCCUGCGGAAUUUACCUCUCAUGGCGGCAGAAGGUCACCAACGCCCUACAAGGCACUUAA